AUGGCAGAAGUUGCCCCAGCACCAGCCGCUACUCCGGCCAAGGCCGCCAAGAAGAAGAGCACAAAACCCGCCAAGAGCGGCCCCAGCGUCGACGGGCUCAUCGUCAAGGCCGUGUCCGACUCCAAGGAGUGUAGCGGUGUGUCGCUAGCCGCCAUCAAGAAAGCUCUGGUCGCCGGAGGAUACAAUAUGGAGAAGAACAAGGCUCGUGUCAAGACCGCAGUGAAGAAGCUGGUCACUGCUGGAACCCCGGCCCAGACCAAGGGCACUGGAGGUUCCGGCUCUUUCAAGAUGAGCAAGAAGGAAGCUCCAAAAACCAAGAAAGCCGCUCCAAAAACCAAGAAAGCCGCUCCUAAAGCUAAGAAGGCCGCCGCCAAGAAACCCGCAGCAGCCAAGAAGCCCAAGAGCCCAGCGAAGAAGCCGGCGUCCGCUAAGAAAUCUCUGAAGAAAGCGGCCAAGAAGCUCGCAGCAAAGAAGGCGGCGACAAAGAGCCCCAAGAAAGCUGCCGCCAAGAAACCCGCCAAGAGCCCCAAGAAGGCGGCUAAGAAGCCCGCAGCCAAGAAAACUCCAGUCAAGAAGGCAGCCAAGCCCAAAGCCAAGAAAGCAGCUCCCAAGAAGAAGUAGACGUUCAAAUCUCGUCUUCCUCAAAAGGCUCUUUUCAGAGCCACCCACCAUCU